AAGAAGAUAAAAGCAUCACAAAGUUACAAAAUAGAAUACAGAUACUAAGAUUUUUUUAUGGUAAUAUUCGAUCCGUAUCCACAUUUAGGUCAGCACAUAUGGUGAAAUUUUUUCAGUAUAAAAUUUUUAUUCAAAACAGUUGAAAAAAAAACUAAAGAGAAAAGGACAUCGCAAAGUUUUAUACAUAUACAUUUGCUUGAUUUAACAUUUUUUUUGUUUUAUUAAGAUUUACGUCCAGAAAAAUGUUUCAUACAUGGCCGAAAAACGGGUCAUCCCUUUUAUUUUUGACCUCUUCCCAAAUGUUAUUUUUAGAUGUAUCCUUUUUGUUAUAAAAUAAAAGUAAUGAAAGAUAUGUCCAGUAAACUCUUCUAACUUUGAAACAAGAAAAUGGCAACUAACAAAAUCUCCUUCUUCUUGGUUCUUUGCCUCUGUGUUUUGAUAUCCUCAGGAUUUGGAGAAGCAGCACUAAAUCCAACGGGAAGAAAAUGUCCAGAUCCAAAUGGUGUAGACAAAAAAGCUGCAUGUUAUAGCUACUGUAAAACACAAGGUUUUAUGGGUGGUUCUUGUCAAGGACACAAAGGUAAUUACAUGUGUAAAUGCUAUGAAGGUAUAUGAAUACCAAUUGCAUGGCAUCUUCGACGGCAGUCUCUCCAUAGAACUCUUGCUAAUAAAAUACCGAAGAAACUAGAUAAAAGAAGGGAGAGAAGCCCAUCAACGGAGAGAGAGAAUAAACGCUUCCUUGCGUUUUAACAUAAUAAAGUUUCGAAUGAUGACAGACUACACCGCUCUGCAUAAAAUUUAGUAGUAACAAAAAUUUCUACAUAUAAUUAUGUAUUAUAUGUUUUUGUUAUUAUUAAAACCGCAUCGAAGUUGUUUCACAAUUGCCCCGCAUGUUAUUUGGACCCUAAAUUUAUAAGUAUUGCUUGUUGGAAUGCUGAAAUUAGUGUAAAUUAAUUUUUUUUUGUUAGAGAGACUCAAACAGUUGCGGAGACUAUUAUAUCAAAUUCAUAAUCUACUUCUUUUUG